GCCUUUAACACGCGCAUGCGCGGUGAAAAUUUCCUCUUACUCGGUGGACACAAUGGCGGACGCAGAAAAAGUUCCUCCGGUCCCUGAGAGCCUUUUAAAAAGGCGGAAGGCCUAUGCCGCCUUGCAGAACAGGCUCAUGAAAAAGAAGCUGGCUGAUAGAAAGGCUCGCAGAGCAACCAGAAAGCUCAUUUACAAGAGGGCUGAGAAGUACCACAAGGAGUACAGGGAGAUGUACAGGCGUGAGGUCCGUAUGGCCCGAAUGGCCCGGAAAGUGGGAAACUUCUAUGUUCCAGCUGAGCCCAAACUGGCCUUCGUCAUCAGGAUCAGAGGCAUCAACGGUGUCCCCCCCAAGGUGCGCAAAGUCCUGCAGCUGAUGCGCCUGCGCCAGAUCUUCAACGGCGUGUUCGUCAAGCUGAACAAGGCUUCCAUCAACAUGCUCAGGAUUGCGGAGCCUUACAUCGCUUGGGGAUACCCCAACCUGAAGUCUGUGCGUGAGCUCAUCUACAAACGUGGACAUGGCAGAAUGAGGAAGCAGCGCAUCGCCCUGACUGAGAACGCCCUGAUCGAGAAGGCUCUCGGAAAGUAUGGCAUCAUCUGCAUGGAGGACCUCAUCCAUGAGAUUUACACUGUGGGGAAGAACUUCAAGUCUGCCAACAACUUCCUGUGGCCCUUCAAGCUGUCGCCACCACGUGGAGGCAUGAGGAAGAAGACAACACACUUUGUGGAGGGUGGAGAUGCUGGAAACAGGGAGGAUCAAAUCAACAGAAUGAUCAGGAAAAUGAAUUGAAGCGAUGGUUUCCAGAAGAGUUGCUCUGUUGAAUAAAAAUAUAGAAAACUUG